AUGUAUGCACUGCGUUGCGAUUUCGGAGUUCCAGCAGACCUACUCAGCAACAAUGCCCUCGUUCGGUGCCAUAUGAAUAUUGAUCUAAUAGGCUCCGCAACCAUUAUAUGCCCACGCCGCGUCCAAGAUACCGAGUAUGUAUGGCAUCCUCAACCAAUGUCGGAUGGUCAAUCUCAUAUCAACACUUACGUCUAUGGUAACGGCAAGUUUCGUUCCGUCAUUUUUACAGAUGUGGUGCGCAGUGAGUACAACACCGCACUCAUCGGUUUCGACUCCGAUGCGUCGCAAACGAAACUUACAGUCAACUUUCCAAUUUACGAUAUAUAUUCAAUCACCGAUCAUCGACUGAUCUUUAUCUGUGGACCAAAAGAUCUGGUUUUGAGUGAUGCGUUGCAACGUCGCCUUCAUCGCCUCGAUGGCUAUGGACAAAUGCAAUCACUGCCAUGGGGCUCAUCCACACUAUUAAAUAAGGAGAUAAGGGAAAUAGGGAAGGGUUUGGGAGUGUUUUAUAUUAACAGGGGGCUCCUUCAUCUGCCUCUUCACGGCUGUGGGAGUAGCCCCUCACCAUUAUUCAAUGAUAGUGAGGUGACGGUGGAUCCCGUAACUGGCAUUCGUUCAUGCGUGGCUGACCCUAUGUCGACGUUUCGUAUAGGUUUCCUCUGUGAGGGCCGAAUAGAGCCGGUAGAUUGCAUGAGACGGCUGUUGGUCAACGAUGACGUGGUGGACGCACCUUUACCCUAUUAUUAUUGGAAUUAUGAUAACUACCAACCUUGGGUGGUAGCGCGAUACUUUAAUGACCUAGUUCUGCCCCCUUUCCACGGCGAAUGCAGAUGCAAAGAUCCCAACACAGGGAAAGUUACGGCCCGGAUGGAGAUUCGUCCCAAGACGGAGUACCUCUGUGACAUUACUACCAACAUCUUCCGCGACCGUGUACGCCCGAUUCGUGGCGCUUGGUGUUCGGUAGCACUUCAUCCAGGCAGCACAUUAACCAUAAAGGUCCCAACACAGCCCGUAAACCCGAUUUCUAUGAGAGAUGAUCACAACAUAGAUAUCGACGAAGAUGUUUCGAGUGUGCCAUUUUCUCAACUGCCAUUCAUCUAUGAAUACGUAACUGAAUUCAUGCCCAAUGACUUGACCACGCUGCGGCAGCUGAAAACGCUUGAUGACCUUGAUGUUUACACUGAAACAUCAUAUCACAGAGUCCUUGCUGGCGAUGCGCUCGACUUGGAUGUUUCACAAAUGAAUAAAGGAUUGGUGAAGCUGACUUACCGUUCAGACAAACCUCUCGCAUUAAUACAGGGACACAACUCGUUCUUUUAUCAUUGGACGCUGGGUUCGAAAAAUAUGUACGUCUUGGAUAGGAUUUUUGCAAUCGUGAAUGUUUCUUUCGCAUUUACCCAUAUAUACAAGAUCAUUGGUUGCGACCGAAGUACACCGGGUGUAUUUGAUCAAUAUGCAAGCAGGAAUUACUGUUCGACCAGACGAAUGAGGAACGGUAUAGGGGAUACGUAUGAGUGCUCAUUACAUAUUGUGAGGGAUGAUAAGCAGGCUGGUAUCUACUGCGGACCUGAUGAGGAGUUGUUACCGGACAAUUGUGACUCCGUGCUGUACGAUUUACACUACAAUAAGGUGAUGCCGUACGCUGCAUCUGUACGUAAGGCGGUGUCGCAAUCAAUCCGAGGCUUUCAAGUGUUUGAAUUUGCCUUUAUAAACAACGCCCCUCUCAGCUAUGCGUGUAUAUGCGUGGACGAACAUGGGUAUGAGAAAUCAAGGCUCGUUUUGGAAUCUAACCGUCACGACAGACACGUCUACACAGUGCGUCGCGAAGCGCCAGUUCACACGUUACUCCCUUACAUUUUACUCCCCUGGCGCGACGCAGGAUUUUCCACUGAAUGGCUCACGUCACCAAAAUCUCUUAUACUACAUAACAUACAUCCAAAGUCAGUUGUUGUACAUGCUGGCACAACGUUGUCCAUGACUUGUGUAUUUGAUCCCUACGUUCCGAACGGUGCAAACAUUGGGUAUAUUACAACCACAUGGCUGCCCAUGCAACCCGAUGUUUUCUAUUAUACUGUCAAUGAAACUACACAUGGACGCCAGCUUAUUCGCAAGAGGUACGAAGAUGCGGUCGCUACCACCCCAGGCGACCUGGAAGUCAAAUUUCAGGAGAUUGACAGGAGGCCUUGGUAUCACAUUCUGAUGAUGAUAUCGAAUAAGAGAGGCAUCAUAGUAUCGAAGGAUCCAAAGAACACGAAGUACAUACCCAUGGCAUUCGUAUGCGGUAAAGCUCCCGAACCCUUUGACUUGUCCAUCAGCACUGGUGACGUAUCCCCGUCUGACUUAUCAAGGCAAGAGUUCUAUAGAACGACAGUAUCUUUCGCCAGAUAUACAUGGCAUGUCGUUGAGGUUGCGGUCAAGACCACUGACCCGUACAUGCAGGGCUGCGGUGUUACGUCCUCAUCGGAUGAGUUGUUCAAGCCUGAAACACCCCAAAUCUAUGAUGCGGACGCACAGUCUCAGUUUGGUUGCAAGAUAGACCUUCAGACUGCGGGUGAGGCAGCGUUCUACUGCCCAGUACCGUACGUCCUGGACCCACCCAACUGCUUUGAACAAGUCUCCGUGGAUGGUGAAGUGAAGAACUUAAGUGACAUCAGCCGGUCUCUGGUAGCGUCACAUUCCAACCACUUCGUUACUUUGCGGUUCGACAGAGAACUCGUAGGAGCUGGCGAUAUGCUUCGCCAGACGCCGCCGUUGGAGUGUCGCUGCGUAACCAUCAAGGGCAUCGUCCUGUCCACCAUCCAGAUCGAAAACUACUACGCCAAGUAA